AUGGCAAUGGAAGUGGACAGCGUCCAGGUCCAACCUUUUCCUCUUUUUCAGCAGCAAGAGCACGAUGCACUAGUUCAAGAGGACAAUAAGACCCCCGGUCUCCUCCAAAGGGCGGCAAGCUUUGAGUCUACAAACGAAGACGAGAGUCCCGAUACGCCCGUCUCGCCUGGCGUGAAGAGAAACUUUUCGGAUACGAGUCUGUCUAUCAAGAACGAACCGCCGACAGUCGAAGAGAACGUUACUGCUGGCAGGGAUAUAUUGCGUCGGCUUACACUCCGUACCUCGACUAAGCCCAGAACCUUGACCCGCCGCACCUCCACAAACGAAGCUCCGACCAUUACAAGUUCGGUUUCUAAGCUAGAGAAGAGUGCAACGCUGAACGAGAAGCCUGGUGAGAUCGCUGAGGAGGGCAACAAGGAAAAGCCACGCCAGGAUUCAACCCCGCAGAUUGUUGUCAGACCGUCCAAGUCUCGAUCUGUUUCCGGGAAGAUUGCUACCCUUGCGCGGGUUUCAUGGAUGUCCAGCUCUCGCUCACCGUCGCCAGCCCGUGACUCGAAGAAAGGAGCAACCUCCUCACGAGAACAGUCUCCAACUCCCAGAAGCCGCCAAACAUCGACAAAAGGAGUGUCCUUGAACAACGAAGCCAAGAAAGACAACGAGCUUCAGCCGAACUCUAACGGUGACUUGCAGAACAAGAAGCGUGCUUCGAGUAGGAGGUCCCGUCGACCAUUGAGUUCAUUUGUCCCCAGAAGCAAAUCAGUCGAUCCUCCUUCUCCAUCUCUCCGAAGCAGGAAGUCAGUUGACCAGCUCUUUGCUCCCAAUCUUGACCUACCUCCUCUUCCUAGACCUCCAGUUCCUUCUUCAAUACCUGCUAUUGAGCCCCCUCGGAAAAAGGAUGAGCUCUGGACCGUUUUCAGAAAUCUCGAAGCUGACCUUCAGAAGUUUCACGCUAAAUCAACCAAUCUGAAAGUGAACGUAGUACGGUCGUCAUUACUUCCUUUCCUUCAGCGGUAUGCAUCACAUCCGUCGUUUAAUGCACUCCGACCCGAAGACCUCGACCGUCGAGUCAACAUUUUGAACAAGUGGUGGACUUCCUUGUUAGGACUGUUACAUGGCAAACACAACCAGUCGGUGUCCGGCACAGACCGACCAGUAUUCUUAGAAGCGCUUUCGGGAAUCAUGACGCGAAAGGAAUGGAGGAUUCCAUAUCAACCACAGAAUUUUUCGGCUCAUAGCUCCAAUUCGUCUCUGGAGUCAAGCUCCUCUGAUUUCCUGGCAGAAUCGAUAUUUCACAAUGUGCGAAACAUCUUCAAUCAAAAUCUGCUGGCACAAAUGUCCUUUGUCGUGGAACGAAUGUCCUUGCGCCAUGCGCCGGCUAGUCUGGUGGCAUUUUGCGGGAAAGCAUGUGCUUAUGCAUUCUACUUCUGUCCUGGCGUUGCCGACAUGUUAGUGCGGUUGUGGAAUACCCCCUCUGACGCGUAUCGUCGAUUGCUGGCAGAUCCACUGGGAUAUAAAGGAACUGGGGGUAGGGCAAUAACGCAAAGUUUUGCGGCUAGAUUCCCGCUUCCCAUACGGCCUUUAGCUUUCUGUUCCCACAUUGCUCUCUCAAGAUACCUACGGCAACCGCCAACAUUGCCGCUCAGUGCAGUACAAAUUCCGUGGCAAGGUCCUUGGGUCUCACGCUGGUGUGGACGGGAUAGCGAUCUCUUUUUCGUGUUUGUCAAGUACUUUCAUAUACUUAAUUGCGACUUUCUCCCUCGGGAAGCAGAUGCUUCAAAGCAACUAUUCGCGCCUGGCAUGUUGUCUGUUCAGGGGCAUCUUCUGAUGGUUCUAGAGGAUACGCUGUAUCGACAAUCUUCGCCGCCUGCCCCAGAGAAUCCAUUUGCGCCAAGCGCAGUCACUUUUGAUGAUUUCAUCGAAGGACCCAAUACUGCCAUGUCUACAAUGCAUAUGGGUAUGGCAAAUUGUCACCGUUCAAUGGCAGAGAACCGAUUGAUCAUACUUUUGCGCGAUUUCCUCUCGGAACCUUCACCGGAACUUGCGCCGGCUCGGAGAAUGUAUUUUGAUUCCUUUAUGCGUGUAUUGAAAACAGCGGCUCGCAAGACGUCGCUAUUUAAUCACAAUGCCUGCUUUGUUCUGUGCGAUUUUGUCGAGGAGACUGCUCCAUUGGUCGACCGGUAUUCUCGAAAAAUCAAAGAGGACGUCUUUCAAUGGCCGUUUUGGCUUGAUGUUUGCAAGCAAUUGACACUCAGUCAAAAUUCAAUGACCGAGAUCCGUCUAUUCUCUUUCUUGUUUUCCAUGUGGAAAUCAUGGACCUCAAACAAGGAACGAUAUCACGACCUCUGUACCCAGUUUUUACUUCAUGACGACUAUUUUUACACAUACUUUAGCCAUUGGAAUCCGAUGGUUCGAGCUUAUUUUCAUCGGUUGAUUUGUUGGAGGGUGGCUCGUUUCAACGAGAACCCUACUCCUAUUGAUUCGGACGUUUAUGAAAUGCUCAUGGAUAAAUUGGAACAGGUCUGGGCCUUCUAUUUAUCGUACAACUUGAGAGCUAGAAACGACCUGCGACCCCGAUUAGAUGCAGUGGCCACCGGUCCAGCUCCUAACCGACGACUCUUAAUUAUCCGCUCUGACAACCAGCAGCCGUCUCCAAACAGCCCUUUCAUCUCUUUUGAUAGAUUAAGCACGUCAUCGUUCAGCUCGGGCGCAUAUCAAUCUCAUGGAGCGCUAGAACUUGAUCCUAGCGCUCUGGCGCCGGAUUCGGAUUCUUCGUCGACGACCAAACGCAGGUGGAAUAUACUGAAAAGUGUAUUUGGGUCAACUGCAAACCCAAAGCCUGGAGAGGUGACACCUCCUGGCAGUGUGUCCGAUGAAAAUGAGGCCAAUCCCAUUGACAGUCUAAUGGGCGAAAAGUUGAUGAAAUCCUCAGAAGAAAAUGCAGAGGACGAUAGUAUAUACGAACCUCCAGCUCCGCAUCAACCGUACAAUUUCAAGUUUUCUUUAGAAUGGUGUCCGCAGCCGAAUAGGAAUCCACAGCACAAGUCGGUCCCCAAGGAGAGACCUCUUUUUGAGCCAGGCCUCCCACGCAAGACUCUGUAUUAUGUACAAACCCAACGAUCAGCCAAAGCGUUGAGGAACUCGACCACAACCACGGACGAAUCCAUCGAUCCUCGCCGAGACGCCGAUGCAUCAACGACUAGUACUCGAAAUUCAUACGCGACAACCAAAACUUCUGUUGACGAAACAGACUCGACUAUUUUUGAAAACAUUGAAGCCAGCAAAAUUUUACGCGAUGAGCGUAUAGUUGCUAGCAAAUACGCAGGCCGGGCAUUAGCAGAAUGGGCAGUGAUCGUCUCCGAAUACGAUAACUUUUUCGAUCGGAGACUUAGGGAGGGAGUUCCCAAUGAUGAACUCGUCGAGACACCUACAUUGAGUGUAGAGAACCUCAAGAAAUGAUGCAUCCACCGUUUUCCUUUUUUCCUUCCUUCUUGCAUUUGUCAUCAUAUUCUAAGCGUGUACACCUGUCUUAGUCAAGAAGCAUGCUCGCAAGUCGCGAGCAUAUCAUUUCCAGGCGUUUGGUUGUACGUACUAUUAUCUCCUUUUCUUAUUUUGGGCGUCCACACGUACUUUAUUCUGUUUGCCUGGUAUAUUUGUACGACUCAAUCAUUCGGUCAUUCAUUGUGGAGAAGGAUCAAUCCAAUUAAUCUUACAUUGACAUCCGACUUC